GACCAUGGAAUGGGAGACUGGAGGAACCCAGAGUGGCCAACCAUGGGCCCGGUCCCUCUUGUACGAGCUAUGAGUCAGCUGAGCCUGAGUGCAAAGAUGGAGAGAAGGCCAACCAGAGUCACGAUGACAUCAACCCCCACAACCUGGGGACAACUCAAGAAAACCACACAGGAAGCUGAGAAACUACUGGAGUGUCAGGGACAGGCAAAAACCCCUGAUUCCAUGUUCUUGGCCAUGUUAGCCAUAAUGUCCUGUGCACUAUGUUUUCCCUGUGCACAGGCAAAAACAUACUGGGCGUAUGUUCCCAAUCCCCCAGCAGUACGGCCUAUACUUUGGAGCUCACUCCGCCUGAGAUUUAUCACGAUCAGGGAGAGUGGCCUCCAGGACCCCUCAUUCCCCCUGACACAGAACAGUUAGACUCUCAGAACAAUGUCAUUAAUUAUACCGCUCCACUGGAAGGACUCCCUUUGUGUAUCACCACAAAGACAUCGCUCAGCCAUAGCUGUCUUACGAUUCAAGCUCAAACAUGGUUGAGUCACUAUGGAAAAAUUAUGUACUUAUUAAGUCUUGGUUCUAUUAAUGUAACUGGCGUGCUAACCAACCAUUCCCAGUCCAAUCACCCUAAUUGUGCUGAUUAUACAGAAUGGAUUCCAUUCAAUGGUUCCUACCCCACUCCGUGGACCCAGUGUCUUGAUCCACUGGCUAGUAAACAAUAUAUGUCAACUGGAGACAUUGUGGAUUGGGAACCUAAAGGUCAAUUAGAUGGAAAAGGUGAAAGUCAGAAAUCAUGGCACAAACUUCACUGGCAUUGGUGGCAAGCUUUUAAUGCUUCUUCUUUAUACAACACCAGGAUCCAAUCCCAGUCUGCUGCUCAGAUUGCUUGGCAUGGAGCAGGCUUUAGCCCACCUCUUCCUCAGUGGCAUUAUCUGGGGAGGAAAGGACCAAUUCAAGAAACUAUAUGGAAGGCAGCUCUCCCAUUUAUGAAUGGCAACAUCUGGAUUGGAACACUGUCUAAUAAUAGCAAUAGUAAGCAACACAGUCUUAAUGUUGAAAAGAAUAUCACCACUCAAUUUACAGUUUGUAUUUUUAAUCCUUAUGCCUUUUUGGCAGCUAAGAAGGACCAGCUUCAGGUAAACAAUACCCAAUUGACCUGUAAAUCUUGCCAGUUAUAUCACUGCAUUAAUCAUAGCACAUUGCAAACACAUAAUAUCUCUACUGUGAUAAUUUUGGGUUGCAUCCUUGGGCUUUGGAUUCCUGUUAAUCUGUCUGAGCCUUGGGCUGCCACACCCGCUUUGCAUUUUGUAGAACUUCUUCUAACUCAGCUUACUCACUGUGUCCACAGAGCCUUAGGCAUAAUUUUUGCUAUUGUUUCCUUGGUCAAACUAAUAACUUCUGUUGUGAUAUCUUCUGUAACUCUGCAUAAUUCUAUUUAAACAGCUCAGUAGGUGGAGAACUGGACGUGCACAGCUGACCAAGUGAGGCUACUUCAGAAUAAAAUUAACACUGAGUUACAAACUGAAGUGGCAAUGUUAAAAUCCACGGUUCUGUGGUUAGGGGAACAAGUACAAAGCUUGCAGUUGCAGCAGCAAUUGCAUCAUCAUUUUAAUCACACUCAUAUUUGUGUAACUAAUUUAGAAUAUAACCAAAGUGAGUAUCCAUGGGACCUUGUGAAAGCCCAUUUGCAGGGAGCUUUCACAUCCAACAUCACCUUUGAUACUGGUGAAUUACAAAACAAAAUUCUUGAUUUAAAUAGGCAAACUCAAGAAUUUUAGCUUUCUUUAGAAGACUGGACCGAAUUCCAGGAAGGCCUGGAGAGCUCAACCCUUGGACCUAUGUAAGGCACCACAUUAACAUCUUAUAUGUAGUUCUUGGAAUAAUGUUGUUUUGUCUCUGUCUUCUGUUUAUAGUCUGUAAAAUCGGAUGGACCGCCAAUCGGCGAAUGAGAGCUGCCCAGCCUGGCCUUACAUUCUUUCAAUUAAUUCAUAAACAGAAAAGGGGAUAUGCAGGGAGCCGAAGGCCCGUGAGAUGUGACCAACUCAGCAUUCCACUGGAGGCUAUAUGAU